AUGGCAGCAACGAAAACUAUAGUCCUCAUUACUGGCGCAAACAGCGGGAUCGGUUUCGAACUUGCCGCCCAGCUAACAGCCAAAGACUCCUACCAUGUCCUCAUGGGAGUCCGUUCCAUGCAAAAAGGCAACGCAGCUCUGGCCCAGCUACAAUCCCACAAUCUACAUCUACCAGGCACCCCGGAACUGCUCCAUCUGGAUGUCACCGACAAUGAGACUAUCCACCGCGCCGCAGAGACGUUACAAGACGAAUUCAAUACCAACGCGACUGGCCCGGCUGUCGUUACGGAGUCCUUUGCCCCGCUGCUGCGAAAGUCCACGGCCUCCCCGCGAAUCAUCAACAUCUCCAGCGGCGCAGGCUCGAUCUCCCGUCGCUUGGAUCCGUCCUCGGUGUUGUACAAGGUGCCAGGCCUGCAGUAUCGCGUGAGCAAGUCGGCGCUGAAUAUGAUAACUGCGUGUCAGUGGGUAGAGUACGGCCCUGCUAUCAAGGUCUUUGCGUAUGACCCUGGCUUCACACAGUCGAAUCUCAGCGAGAGAAACACGGCGGAGAAUGGGGCUAAACCCGCUGCUGAGGCGGUGCGGCCGUUGAUUGAUGUGCUAGAGGGGAAGCGGGAUGAGGAAGUUGGUCAGUUGUUGCAUGAUACGGGUGUUUAUCCUUGGUAG